AUGCACGUCCUGCAGUUUGAGGUGUGCUUUCGUUCCCUCUCCUCGGUGACCAAACGACGAGCUGGAGAGCUGGCGACCGAACGCUACCCGAGGCGGCUGGCGGCGAUGGACGACCGAGCGGAGACGCAACGAAUCGAGGAGCGGCUCCCGCAGGGAACCGACGAGUGGCUCACGAGACCUCGGCUGUCGACGACUUCGCGAGGAACGAUCACGCCGGUGGUGAUACUGCAGCCGCUGUCCGCGCCGGUCGGCGACGUGGUGAUGUACACCGGGCCGUUGCAGCCGAUCGGCUGGCAGCUCCACGGGAUAGGCAGGGAGUUCGGCGGCGGGACACAACCUGCGGAUGUCGCUGUGGAGGCUGGCGCGAUCACACAAGACAAGCGCAGGGUCGACGUCGGGCCGACGCGAGCAAGCAAGUCGAGGCGGAUGGAUCGGCGCCUCACCCACUGGCAGUGCAUCUACUGCCGGCGCGAGACGCGGAACGAUGCACGGGCGACGAGUUGCUGGAACUGUGGUGGCGAGAAGGAGCAGCUCCGAGAUGCGGACAGUGAAGGGCGCGAGGCGGCACGCCGCGGGCAACGUGCGAAGGAGUACGCUGGCAGAUCGCUGAACGCCCUCGGUGCUGGUACGUCGCUGGUGCCGCGAGCCGCGCAGGGAGUGUUCGAGCGGGCGCGAGUGGACGUGCUCGUGCACUGGGAGACGCAGCAGCUCGAGCAGUACACGGGGGCGGCUUCUUACCUGCGAAAGGAGGAGUCCAUGCUCGGGGUGAUGGAGUCGUACUACGUCUGCACACGGGCGCUCGGUGCGGUCACGUUCGCAAUCACUGCGGCCGGCGGCGACGUGACGGCGAUCACGAAGAACGCGAGGACUUUCAGCGAGUGGUACAGCGAUACGUCGAACGCGGUCGCCGUCGCGCUGCUCGGACGGGGCGGCGCGGUGAACGUCGCGCUGAUGCGAGCGGCGAAGGAGGUCUUUGCCAGUUGGUAUCGGCCAGGCGGGCGCCUUCACAUGCCGGGACACGAGAGUCAUCUGGCGUCGCCGGCGGGGUUCGAAGACUUCGAGGUUCCGGGAAGCGUGGUGCGUGACGUAUUGCGCAGCCUGUUUUCUCGGGAGACGAAGUCGUGGGUGACAAAGGUAGAGCGCGCACAGGGGCUGAUGCUUGCGUUGAGCACAACAGCAAGCAGUCGCACGAUGCGCAGCGGGCGCGUUGUCGACUUUGCGGUCGAGGACAGAGAUGUCGACGCGCGGCGGCCGUCCUGGGAGGAGGAGACGCAGCCCGUCGAGGGCACGCGCGACAUCAGCAACGGGUACCGCAGCUCGAGUGUGGCCACUUGGGGCGCGCUAUUCGGAGGCAUGGCCAUCGAGACGGCACCGGAAAACUCGUUCGCUGCUGUUGCGGAGAGCGACGCAAUCUGGCGACAGGAGGCGUCGCAGGAGCGCUUCGACGCCGACGCAGAAGCGUCGUCACUCCACAGCCUUCUGCAUGGCUCGAGUGCGGCCGCCGUGGCUGCCGCGUGCGCAGAGACGAGCAGCAGCGUGCGCUAUGACGCCGCUCGUGCUGCUUGGCCUGCGGCGGCCACAGCGGAUCGGCAGCAGCUCGGCGGCGCGAUCCGUCAGGUCGUCGACGCUCUCGAUGCACCUCACCUCAAGCCCUCUGGGAUUGAGAAACGGCUGCUGGGCGGCACGCACGCUGCGUGCCUCGGGCUCAUCACGCUCCUCAACCAGAUGUCAGCGCUCUCUCCGCCAACGUCGGGCGACACUGCGUAG